AUGUUUGCAUCACAGGCAGGCCAUAGCGGCCAUGGACGUGAUGAAGCCGGCAAAGGUGGGAAAGGUGGCGGCCCUGGUGGUCCCAGUGGUGCCAGUGGUGGCACUCUGAGGAUGGCCUUUGCUCCCUUAGAACGUCCCAGCUACGACCCCUUUGGGCCCUUGGGUGGCUAUGAUCUUGGCCCAGCAGGUCAAGGUGAACCAGUCUGGAGCCGAUUGAAAGGUUCAGUGUAUCCAGUACUGGAUGUCUGUAUGGAUGCAUAUUAUGCCUCAUUAUCCAAGAGCUUUCAGGGGGAUAUUGAGUUUGUACAUCAUGUUGGGGCGGCUGUGGAGUUCAUCCAUGAAGGGGCUGAUGUGGAUGUGAGAGAUGACACAAGUGGUGGAUCCUGCUUGCACUUUGCAGCUGGCUGUGGGUCUCUACCUCUUUGCAAGACACUGUUGAGUGCCAAAGCACGCCUCAAUGCGCGUGAUUUUCACUUGCAGACACCUUUGUGGUGGGCUAUCAGUGGCAAUCACCGUGAAGUUUGCCAGCUGCUGCUGGACCUUGACCCAGCACAAGCUGUGGUAACAAACAUCGAUCAGCUCAGCCCUCUACAUGAAGCCGCAUUUUUGGGCCGUGCCCAACUGCUCGAUAUGCUCCUUCGAUUCUCAGUGAACCAGCACUGGAACCGGUAUGGUCGGGCUGUUCGGCUGCCCUCUGGGCCCAACAUGCGUGCGGGGCGGCGGUUGUUGAGUCCUCUUCACCUUGCAUGCCGACAGGGGCACUUGGCUACCUGUGCGGUGCUGCUGAAGGCUUCUGCUGACCCGCAACUUGUGUGCAGCCAGGGUCGAACUGCUCUACACCAUGCCUGUGCUGGUGCCAGCCGACCCCGAGACUUGCGGGCAGGCAACAUUUUGGAGCUUUGCCAUUUGUUGCUGCGCCAACAACCUGCACUUCUGUCACUCCGGGACACCUUUGGCCAGACACCUUUGGAUUUGGUACAGCAGAGCUUUGCACCACCUGAGCUGCGCUUGUUACUGCGAAAAGCUGCACCAGUGGCAGUGCAUCAGGAUACAUUUACCAAGACUUUGGAUGGCCAUGGUGGGCACAGACGUCGGCAGAAGCUCUCCAAAGAGCCUGGCAACACAUAAGACAUGUGUGUCGAGCCUGAGCCAUUUGAGCCAGUCGAAUGGUUUGACAUAGGAAUCAUAGGAGAUGAGUCACGGGAUCUCGGAUGUCACAGGCCAAGCGGCCAAGCCAAGACGUUUCACCGUGAAUUCGAAACAGCCAAGCUUUCAGGUCACCAGUACCAGUGCCUCUAAUGCCGAUUUGGAUGCGAGACAUCUGCAGGC